GGACUUCAGUAACACAGAGACCCUGUGCAGUGAAUACAAAUACUACUGUGAGACAUGCUGCAGCAAGCAGGAGGCCCAGAAAAGGAUGCGUGUGAAGAAGCUGCCUGUGAUCCUGGCCCUGCACCUGAAGCGAUUUAAGUACAUGGAGCAGCUGCACCGAUACACCAAACUGUCCUAUCGUGUUGUCUUCCCUCUGGAGCUCCACCUCUUCAACACCUCUGGAGACUCUGUCAACCUCGACCGCAUGUACGACCUGGUCGCUGUGGUCGUCCACUGUGGCAGUGGACCCAACAGAGGACACUACAUCACCAUAGUGAAGAGUCAUGGCUUCUGGCUGCUGUUUGAUGAUGACAUCGUGGAGAAAAUCGAUGCCCAGGCCAUCGAAGAGUUCUAUGGGUUGACGUCAGACAUCUCCAAGAACUCAGAGUCUGGAUACAUCCUCUUCUAUCAGUCCAGGGAGUAACUGGAAUAAACACCCAGCCAGAGAGAGAGAAUGAUUGGAACUCUGAACAUGACCCCUCUCUGAGUCAUGUGCCAACGCCAUUCCCUGUCUCACUGCCUUCCCUGGGUCUGCCUGGACUUCAUUUCCCAUAACCCCAUGCUCUCCCUCCCUGCAUUCAGCAUGCUGGGAAGGCUGUGUAAACUGCCUUUUGUCCUUCAGCAUCUGGACAGCACUUUAGAACAACAACAACAAAAACAAACAGUCACAACAACAAGGAGCAGGAAACAUAAAGAAGCUACAACGGGCUGGUGUGUGAUGCCCGUUUGUCUCCGCAUGGGGUAGGUCUGGAGGUCUGAAGACCCACCAUGGGUCACUCUUCCUGGGUCUGCCUGGCAUACAGAGCUGGCUGGACUGGUACAAGUACAGACUGCUAUGGAAAAGAAGGUUGUAAUAUUUGUAUAUCUGUAUAGUAUGUCUAUUUUCACGCAAUGUCAUAAGUUCAUAAAUACUUUUAGUAGGGUUAUCCCGUGACCUUAUAUUUACAAUGUCCAGCCCAUAGAUGUAUUCUACCUGGGGAUUGGCUAGAGCUGGGAUGGAAUGGAAGUUUUAGGGAGAGAUAUAAACUAGUUGAAAGAGGGUCUAUGCAUCUAGUGUCGCUGAACUGCAUGUUUCGGUGUUCACUGUUUGAGCUGGUGUAGAUUCAAGUUGAGUUGUGACCAAUCCAAACCUAUUCAUUGUAAUGCUGAGAUAUGGUAGUUCUACAGAAGACCAGGAUGCAUGUAGCUCUCUGUCUGCUGCUCCCGUCCCCUAACAUAGAGACUAGCCCAGGCCCUAAUGCUCCUCUCCCAAGUUAUAACCAUGUUGUGAUCCAGCCCCCAGUCUAGAACAUAGUCACUCACUGACACAAACUACAUCUCUACUAGUCUCUAGACUAGUUUGGUUUCUGUCUAAUCCCUGUUUUGUAAAACACUAUUUAUUGCUCUUAUUUAUUUCUAAUGUUAUAAUGUUGACUGCGCUGGUAGGUGGAGAAGAUUGUGCCUCAGGGCUUGACCCAUCCAGACUCAAUCUUGUCUUGUUUUGUAUGUAACAUCUCCCCCCUCACUGAGUCUGGUAGGUCAGUGUUUCCCAACUCCGGUCCUCGAGUACCACCCAAUGGUACACAUUUUUGUUGUAUCCCUGGACAAAUAUUCCUAAUUGAACUCAUUGAGGCCUUGAUGAUUAGUUGACAAGUUGAAUCAGGUAUUGUUAUGCACUUGAGUGAAGACCCAAAAGCGGUUUAACAAAAACAGAGUUCUUUAAUGAGAACACAGGAAAGACAUAGAUCCUCUUCAGACGUUGAUAAUGGCAAAAUAGACUACCCGCAGAGAGGGAGACAAAUGAAACAUAAAGUCCCUCUGAUGAAUAGCAAGAGAGUCCCCUUCUUAGCAGCAGAGGAGAAUAGCUGGGUAGCGGCGACGGGCUGCAGGUCGCUCUGGGUAGGCGCGGGUCAUAGAGGAAUAGUGGUACCUGAUCACACGUAGCAUCAGAUGAACUGGACACAGUGCAAACGAAAGACAGUUAGUAGUGUACAGGAUGCACCUGCCAGGCAGACUCCGACAGGAUAGGACAAGGAGGAAGCAAACGAGACGAUAGCUUGCUUCUGGCUUGAGAAACACAAACGAGAAUCUGACACCGAAAGUAGCAGGAACAGAGAGAGAAAUAGAGACCUAAUCAGAGGGAAAAA